AUGAAGGUUGUUGAUAAUCAACUGGAUGAAGAUUCUUUAGAUGAGCAUUGGGAUUUACUUGGUGAUGAGGAUGAUGAGGUUGAGGGUGAUGAGGGUGAUGAGGGUGAUGAGGGUCAUGAGGUUGAUGAGGAUGUUGAUGUAGUUGAAGAAGAUGUUGAUGAUGGGGUUGAAGAUGGUAAUGAUUACGAAGUAGUUGAUGAUUAUGAUGAGGAACUGGAUGCAGGUGAUGAAUUGGAUGAAGAAGUAUUUGUGGCAAAUGAUGAUGACCUUAAUGAGGAUACGGAGUUGGAUGAGGUUGUUGGAGAUUUAAGUAAUGGGGUAGGUGGAGAAGGAAGAAGUUCUGCAGUUUAUAGUACCCCUAUUAAGAAGACAAAAGGUACAAAUGGUCCGGUCAUGGCGACCCCUGUUGUUGGUAUGAGUUUUAGUAGUUGGGAAGCUAAGAAUAACUAUUAUCGUUUGUAUGGGGAGCAACAAGGAUUUGGUGUAGUUUGUGUUGGUGGGAGUAUAUCUAGCAAAGAAAGGAAAGAAAGUGGGAAAUCAAAAUCCCUUAAGAGCUAUGUAUGGAGGUGUGAAUGUUAUGGGAGAACCACUUACCGGCGCGUGAUUAAUGGGAAAAAAGUGACUUGUUUUGAAGAACCAAUGGUUAAGAAGAAGUCGAAGAAGUGUAAUUGUCCUGUGAUGUUGUAUGGUUCUCGUACCAAUGAGAAUAACUGGGUUGUGAAGACUGUUGUAAACGAACACAUGAACCAUAACCCUACGCCAAGCAAGUCUAAUCAUAUUUCAAUGUAUAGGGUGAAAAAUAUUACAGAUGUCUUAUUGAAAAAUAUUGAAAGUGAUCAUGAUUCAGGGACGCCCGUUGCACAGAUUUUCAACAACUUAGCAGGAAGAAGGAAUGGGGUUGAGAAUAUAAGAUUUUCGAAGAAAGAUAUUCAUAAUCUUUUGAAUAAGAGGAUGAGACUGAGGCUUAGGGAUGGUGAUGCUGCAGCAAUGAUCAACUACUUAGAUAAAAUGACCAAGGAUAACCAAAACUUUUUCCAUCUGCACCGGUUAGAUAAAGGAGGAAAGUUGCAGGACGUAAUGUGGGUGGAUGCUCGUAGCAGAGCGGCGUAUCAGUAUUUUGGUGAUGUUGUAUGUUUUGACUCGACCUACUUGACAAACAAGUAUGAGUUGCCGUUCUCGAACUUUGUGGGGGUAAAUCAUCAUGGGCAAACUAUAUUGUUAGGAUGUGCGUUAUUGUCCCAUGAAAAUACAGAGACCUUUGUGUGGUUGUUUAGGGCUUGGUUGUCAUGUAUGGGAGGAAAAUCUCCAGCCGCAAUGAUGACUGACCAAGAUGCAGCAAUGAGGAAGGCAAUUCGAAUAGUGAUGCCAAUGCCACAUACCCGACAUAGGUGGUGCAUGUGGCACAUUAUGCAGAAGUUCAUCAGGAAACUUGGUUCUCUUACAGAUUAUCCCCAAAUUAAAGUGGCGUUACAGAAUGUAAUCUACAACAGUUUAUCACCAGAAGAGUUCGAGGAAGGUUGGGCUGAAGCAAUUAAAAAAUAUAAGUUGGAGGUAUGUGUUGAUGACACAAACAAGGACACAAACAAGGACACAAAGCAAAGCUCUAAGUGGCUUCAAGGUAUGUGUUGA